UGGUGUCGUUAAACAAACUUUACUGGGUGGGGAAGGGUGCUGAUUUGACGUGAGACUUUGCAUGGGUUUUCUUUUUGGUUGUUGGGAGUUUAGUAAUACUUUUACCUAGUCGUUUUGAGAAAUAAUGCAGGAGGUUUCGAUUUUUUAAAAGGUGUUUUGAUAUUUACAUAAGAAUGUGCGUGAGUGCGUGAGAAAUAGUUGAAUUCUAUAGUGUAUACGUCUCUUGCGAAAUACGUGAUACUUUACAGGUUUAGAACCAUAGGCGUACGGGCUCCCAUUUGUGUAGGGGAGAAGGCUGCUUUUUUGCAAUAAUUAAAAAAAAAGCCCGAUUCGGGAUAACGAGACAUAUUCAUAUUAACAUUACUGUCAAUAUCCUGGGUAGAAUUAUGGAAAUCCAUGGUGAAAAGGUUUCAGGCCAGAACAUUUCCCCCGAAUAUCUCUAGAUCUAUCGUUUUUGUCGAACUUUGAAGAUUUACUACUACACUAGGGGGAUGUUGUCCAUGCCCACCACCACCCACCCACCCCAUCUCACCCUCACCCCCCCUUCCCCACCCCCUCACCCACCACUACCACCCCCAACCCCCGCCCCGUCUCUUACGGUUAUGUUUAAAACGUUCUUGAACCACUCCGCGUUACAGACCCUACUCGACACCGAGUAAACAUUUCAGCUGUCUGGUACCAGUAAUCAUAUUUGUUUAAAAUAACAAAAAUCAUAAUUAAAAUCAGCUUUUAAAAGUAUAGACGUAGGCUACAUCUGUCCAACAUAAAGUGUGCUAACUUUUAAAGUAUCUAGAUUUCUAAAGUAAGAAUUCAAUUCAGUUUAUUGUACAAAACAUCCACAACAGGUAGGCAAAACACAAAAUAAUAAAAUAAUGGUCUGGUAUGUACAUGUAAGUAGUUAACACUAUGGAGACAGUCUAGAUAAUCGAGUGUUCAUAUUUUCGUUAAACGUAUUUCCCCGUUAAAGUAUAUCUUUAGGUGUGUCUAUAAUUAUUUUAAGUUGAUUAUUUUCGUUUAAAAGGUUGAUGUUAAUGUAAUAUCUUGUUUGCUGUUUGCUUUUGUUUAUUUAUAAACAUAGGCCCCCCAUGACGUAUAUUUAAAUGUUAUUUAAUAUAUAAACCUUGUCUGUUCUUUAACACUCGAGCUAGCGUUAUAAAUGUUCGUGUGGAAUACUUAUUUUCUUUAUAUAAAUCCACUAAUUUAAAAAGCACUAAAAAGUUAAGUUCCAGUCGUGAGUUUACCAAAUAAGGCGCAGACUAGUUAUUCUUACACUGUUCGACAUCUGCGGCACGUUUCUCAUCACUCAGAUGUACAGGUUUUCGCAAUCCGAUCUGAAAUAUAGUGCGACCUUAAAUGCAACACAAACCAGUAUUGUAAGUGGAAUAUCAGCAGAAGGCUGGCCGCUAAGUCGAUAAAUGGAAAAAUAGAGAAUAACAUUUUGUAUGUUGACAUAGAUAAUGUAACCAGAAGCCAAGACGAACUAUUAAUAGAACAUAGCGCUUUGCCGCAUGUUGGAAAAGUGUACCGGCCGACUGAUUGAAUCUCACCUCAUUGGAUAGUAACUUUCAUUUUCACAAUGGCCUCAGGAGUAGGUGUGAAAGACGAAUGCCUGGAGGCGUACGAAGAAAUUAAGAUGGGACACAGGUGGCUCUACAUUAUCUACAGACUGACAGACGAUCUCAGGAAAGUAAUGGUGGAAGAAAAGGCGGGAUUAGAUAAGUCAUAUCAAGACUUUGUAGACAAAUUAAAAGAAGCAGAAUCUAAAAGACAGUGUAGAUACGCCAUCUUUGACGUGAAAUUCUUUCACGGCGAUGUUCCGCAGCAAAGACUAGCAUUCUUUUUGUGGAGUCCAGAUACAGCCACGGUAAGACAGAAGAUGCUCUAUUCCAGUAGCAAGCAGGCGUUUCUCCGGAAACUGCAGGGGAUGCGCGUGAUUAUUCAAUGCAAUGACGAUACGGACCUUGCCAUGUCCAACGUACUAGACCGCUGUAUUAGCAAGUACAACUGACCCACGACGUCCACCACAUCUCACACAGACGUCAACCAUAACGUGUAGAUGUUUACUGUAUCGCAAUGAGUCACCGUGGUCGUCGCCAGCAGCCAUGCAGUGGCUGGAAUACCAUCUUUGUCGGAACGCGCCAACAUGGAAUUGUGUUUUAUAAAUGGCGGCCGACCAUCAAUGUAAUUAACCAUCCGUCGUGCGUAGAUGGGGUCGAGUUCGUGAGAUCGACAUGGUGUCAGUAAAAAAGGAAUUGUUACUAAUAUAGAAUGACUACAUGAUAAUUAACAAGCAUUGGUUAUGAAAAUGAACCGUCGAUGCGGUUUAGGAAAUUAAACAAAUAAAACCUGAUUUAUCUUGUGUUCAGUCACUGUGGCAUUACUACAGAUUGGCUAUAUUCAAACCUGUGUUCAGCAGCCAGCCGUGGAACAAUAUAAAGUGGUCUCUUUAGACAGGUGGCUGCUUCAUACAGACCAUAUAAUAGAUGAUACUGGAGAAUGUUAUAGCCUGGAUUUGUUCUGCAACAGAUGAUUUGGAAACAUAUUACGAUGACCUUUCAAGAUAGUUGGCUGCUUAAAUCAGGUGGCCACUGGAGAAUAUUUUUGUUUCUGUAUAUACCGCACAAAGAAAGGUUUAUAUUCGGUGUCGUCUGCUUGAGAUUCUGGAAGCACUUAUAAUUAGGUUGCUAUAAAUGGUUAAAGAUGUCUUGGUGUUUUACCGGUAACGGCCGCAGAGAAAUAAUGCAUGCUGAGAUUUUAUAUUUACAUGACAGACAUGUUGUGUAGAAACGCAUAUAGUAAACACGCAUAAACAUUGUGAUAAAACAGUCGAACUUGACUAUAAAGGCCACUCUAGAGACCUCGUGAAAGUGACCUUUACCAGCAGAAACCUGUGUACAGAGAUCCAAUACAUGCAUUGUGUUGGAUUGAGAAGUAAUAUUUAGUCAUUUGCACAUACGAAAUCGAAUACAUCUAACGUGGCCUUUAUAGACUGAUAGUCGGUAUACAAGGUGUCCUUUAUAGCAAGUUUAACUGUACCAUGUAUUUAGUAUGUAAUGGUCCAAACAAAACGAAAAUUCCAGUUUAGACAUGUGGAUUGUUGUACAUUGUUGUUUAUAGAAACUAUGACAAGACCGUUUACAUUUUUAUUGUUAUAUUUACUAUGUGAACUAUCUUUUGGGCUUUACAGACUUACAAUGUUAUAAUGUUAACACACGUUUAUGUAUAUAUAGUUACACGUCAGAUAAAUGAAAUUAUCUUUGUUUAAUUGGUUUGCACAUCACGUUUAAUUAUUUUCUUACUUGUGAAAUGUUUUCCAAAAAUUUACAUUUAUACACAAAAUUAAUAAUAAGAACUAAAACGACUUGUCGAAAUUUAAAUAAGCCAUGUAUGUUAUAACAGUUAAACAUUUAGUUGUGUUUGUGUAUACGGUUGUCAGAAUCAGUGCAAUAAUGUCAAUGUUGUAACGUCAAUGUUGUAACGUCAAUGUUGCUUUCGUUAUUUCACUUCAGAAUGGUAUUGCAUAUAUAGAAGCAAAUCUCAUUCCACCAUCCUAGAAAUGCAGUAGUGAAUAAAACGUUUACACGAUCAGAAUUCUUACUUUUAAAUUCACUGCACUCUCAAUAUUCACAAAAACAAUAUAAAUUUCGAAAUAUAUCUGGAUAACAAAUUUAGUCUCUUUUUUUUUCCAAUUAGUUAUUCCAACGUAUAGUAAAUAAAUACAUUGAAUUUAUGCGUGUCCAGUGGGGAACAUAUAAUAUUAUCGUCAGACUGGUGUUUUGGGAGAGUAAUGCCAUACACAAUACAUGUUAGUGUACUUUUUAAUAUUGUAGCUGUCCUUUGUUAAACGAUACACACCUCCCUCAAUACGGUAGGGUGCCGCUUUUAAAGUUGUACCCUUCACACAUGCUAGAAGCCCUAGAAUUUGUGAGGACAGUUGGUAAUCACGAUUGUGCAUGCACCUGUGUGCCGUAAAACGCAUUUCCGGUUUCUAGGCUACAUGUACACUUUCUUGUACUCGUUGCUAAUCGCCACGUCUCUAUCACUAGUAAAAAGUGAAUUUAUAUGUAUUAUAUAUAUAUACACACACGUUCGCAUUUGUACAUCCACUAACUGGUAUUAUUUUCAUAUGUUGCUUCAGUUUUAUAGAUGUAAGACCUAUACGUUACUGCCAUUGUCCAAACUAUUUUGUACUUCAUUUAUGAAAUACAAAUACCAUAUGUCAGUGUUCGGAUUUGUUGUAUUUAUGUGUUUGUUUUCUUUCUUUCUGUCUGUCUGUUUAGCUGUAUAUAUGUAUGUGUGCCUGUCUAUUUGUCUACUUGUAUGUUUAUUUUUAGUUGCUUACAGUCAGAACAGCCUGCUAUCGUUUUAAUUUCAACCAUACGUCCAUGGAAUUUGAGGAUUCAGAAAUAAAGAAACAUGUGUUAACCAUGAAA